AUGAAGAUCACCAACUCGGCCGUCCCCGUCUACACCGUCAGCGGCAGCGAGGCCCGGCCCCUGCCCGAGUGGCUGAUCCGCCGGCGGAAGAGAAGCCUGAAGAACGACCCCGAGUUUGCCAGCCGGGUGGAGCUGCUGCAGGACUUUGGCUUCGACGAGGCCAGCCAGUGCGUGCGCGUCAGCGAAGAUGGCGACUGGGUCAUGUCCACGGGCACCUACAAGCCUCAGAUCCACACCCACUACCUCCCCCACCUGUCGCUCUCCUUUGCCCGCAACACAAACACCCUCAACGAGACCUUCCGCAUCCUCUCCUCCGACUACACCAAGAGCGUCCACCUGCAGGCCGACCGCGUCAUCGAGUUCCACACGGGCGGCGGCCUCCACCACGCAACGCGCAUACCGCGCUAUGGCCGCGACCUCGUCUACGACAAGCGCUCCGCAGAGUGUCUGGUGCCCGCCGUCGGCGUCAACGCAGACGGCCUGGGCGAGGCCUUUCGGCUGAACCUCGAGGUCGGACGCUUCAUGCGCAGCUACGAGAUCGACGUGGGCGGCGACGACCUCCUCACCGCCGCCCCGGGCUCGCUGCAGGGCGGCGUCGACGCCGGCGCCGUCAACACGGCCGCCAUCGCAGAAGACAGCCACAACCUGCUGGCCUUUGGCACCUCGCUGGGCACCGUCGAGUUCUGGGACUCGAGGUCGCGCAACAGGGUCGGCAUCCUGUCCCCGCCCCACGACCCCUUCGAGGGCCGCUCCCAAGUCACCGCACUCACCUUCCCCCGCGCAGGCCUGAAUCUCGCCCUCGGCCACUCCAACGGCCUGGUCCACCUCUACGACCUGCGCUCGCCCACGCCGCUGCUCAAGAAGGACCAGGGCUACGGCUUCGCCAUCAAGAACAUCAUCUACCUCGAGUCCAACACCACCUCGCGCACCCACGUCGCCGAGCCCAAGAUCCUCACAGCCGACAAGCGCAUCAUCAAGAUCUGGGACCCUCAGACCGGCACCCCCUGGACCUCGGUCGAGCCCGCCGUCGACCUCAACCACGUCGAGUGGGUCAAGGACAGCGGCAUGCUCCUGACCGCAAACGAAGGCAAGCAGCAGCACUCGUUCUUCAUCCCCCAGCUCGGCCCCGCGCCCAAGUGGUGCGCCUUCCUCGACAACAUCGUCGAAGAAAUGGCCGAGGACCCAAACGACCCCAACGCCUUCGCCGCUCCCGCCACCGGCCAGGUCUACGACAACUUCAAGUUCCUGACCACCGCCCAGCUCAAGGCGCUCAACCUCGACCACCUCAUCGGCACAACGAGCCUGCUGCGCCCGUACAUGCACGGCUACUUUGUCGCCCAGAAGCUGUACGAGGAGGCCAGGCUCAUCUCCAACCCCGACAUGUGGCAGGAGCAGCGCGAGAAGAGCAUCGCCGAGAAGAUCAACAAGGAGCGCGAGAGCAGGAUCCGCGGCAACAAAAAGGUCGCCGUCAAGGUCAACAGGGCCCUGGCCGAGAAGAUGCAGGCGCGCGAAGAGGAGAAGGACCGGAGACGCGCCAAGCGCGUGCUCAAAAAGGGCGGCGACGACGAUAUGCUCGAUGCCGCCGCGCCCGCCGUCGAGGCGCCCGAGAAGCCGGCCGGUCUGCUCGGCGACUCGCGUUUCGCCCGUCUCUUCGAGGACGAAGACUUCCAGGUCGACGAGCAGUCGCACGAGUUCCAGGCCAUCAACCCCAGCACCAAGAUCCCCAAGGGCCUCACCGCCGCCGAGCAGGAAGACCUCGAGUCGCCCCACGGCUCCGACACCUCCGACUCGGACGCCUCGGACGCAGAAGAGCGACCCGCCCGCAAAGCCCCCGCCGACACCCGAAUCUCCUCGUCCUCGUACCGCAAAGCCGGGCACAACAACCCGAUGCUCCCCCAACCAAAGGGCCCGCACAUGGUCGUCUCGUCCUCGCGCACGAAAAAGCACGCCCCCCAAGCCGACAAGACGUUCGGCUCCCGCGUCUCCAAGCUCAAAGACGCCACGCCCAAAUCCAGCACCACGACCGUCGUCGGCGAGCGCGAAAUCACCUUCGCCCCCGAGCAGAAGAAGAAGAAGUCCGAGACGGCGAGUGCGGCGCAGCGCCACGACAGAAGGAAAGAGAAGAACAUCCGCAGCGCCAGCGGGAAUGCGUUCCGCGGCCUGUAA